AUGGAUUUCACGGCAGAUAAUUUAGAAAAAGCCGUUACCCUAUUUUACCGUACGGAAGCCCAUCAGCAAGCAGAAGCUCAUCAAUGGUUAACAGAAGCUCAAAAUUCUCCUUUAGCUUGGAGUUUUGUUUGGGAACUUCUUAGUCCGCAUAGAAGUUCUGAAGUACAGUUUUUUGCUGCUACCACUCUACAUGCAAAACUUAUGAAACAUUGGAAUGAAAUUCCUGAAGAUCACUAUGAGUUAUUAAAAAAGCGAAUUUUAGACUCUAUUAUCAAUUAUGCUAUGGGCCCUAAAAUUAUUCUGAAUCGCCUAUGUAUCACAUUGUCUGCAUAUAUUAUACACACCGUCCCAACACACUGGCCAAAAGCUUUUGAAGAACUUGUUUCAAGUUUUCAACCACAAUAUUUGCCAAAUGUUGAACCAGAAAGAGUCAUUUGGAUUCUGCUAGAAAUAUUGACUGUGAUACCAGAAGAAUUUCAAAGAACAACUUUAGCUUUAAACCAAAGAAACAGAGUGAGGGCGGUUCUUCAAGAUGUCUCUAAAGAUAUAUUGAAAGUUGUUGAGAUGUGUUUGAUGCCUUUACCAACAGCGGGCUUCAACAUGUCUAAUUUGACCACAUAUUUAAAUGCAUCCAGAUGUGCUUCUGCUUGGAUACAAUUAGGGGGAUUAAACAUUGAAGAAUGUACAUCUGUAAAUAACCUUUUAAUAGAUUUGACAUGUUUUGUUUAUUGGAAUAAAACUGAUCCAGAUGGAUUAUCUUGUGACGAAAUGGAUUUAAUCGAGAUAACUGUAGAAGCUCUUACAGCGGUAUUUCAACAUCCUCACACUCAUAAAUAUAAGAACCACGUUUUUAAAUAUGCUGCACAAAUCCUUGGAAAAUUUGAUAAAAUCUUAGACGUUGAAAGGAAUCAACAAGAUAUGAAUAAAGAUGUGGUAGCCACUUUAUAUGGUUUAGUAAUAACAAUAGGUGAUUCGCACUCGAAAGUUUUUAUUGACAAUCUAAAAUCGCAAGAUCCAGACGAACAAAGAAUCAGUUUUGAUCUACUAAACUUUAUUUUAAAAUGUUCAAAUUUGCCGGGUUUUUAUCCAAUUGACGAGUCCAGCAGUACUCUUACCUUUGGGUUCUGGUAUACAUUACAAGAUGAUGUAAUAUCUUUGGACACUUCUGAAUGCGCUUCACUAAUACUCAUGAUAAAACCUUACUACAGAGAUCUGGUUUGCAUCAUGCUAAGGAAAUCCAUGUUUCCAGUUAUUGAAGAUAGCACUUGGACGCUGGAAGACAAAGAAGUAUUUCGUUGUUAUAGACAAGACAUAGCAGACACUUUCAUGUAUUGUUAUGUCGUUCUCAAUUUAGAAAUGUUAGAUAUUCUAAUGAGCAAACUCAGCGAGGCUUUGAGGACGGAAAAUAACAACACGGUCAGUCAAGCGAUCCAAUGGAACGAGGUAGAAACGGUACUUCACGCUUUUGGGGCUGUUGCGGAAAGUAUCGAAUACGAAAAUUUGUACUUACCCAAAUUGAUGGCGACUAUCAAAAAUAUCCCUUUCAGUGAAUUACACAUUCGAGUGAUGGCAACAGCGCUGGAAACUGUGGGUGCCUUUUCCGAAUGGUUCAUGGAUCAUCCGGACUUAUUGGAAAAUAUUUUUCCUUUGGUACUGUCAGGUUUGGGUAAUCCAGAAGUAUCUACCAGUGCUACUAUGGCUUUAAAAGAUAUAACUAACAAUUGUCAGAAAUAUUUAGCGCCUUUUGCAGAGCACAUCCUCAUGGCUUCACAAAGUGUAUUAUCAAAUGGAAGUUUAAAAUUAGCGGAAUGUCGAAGACUGAUGUAUAGCAUAGGACGUGUAUUAAGUACGUUACCGGUUGAUAGAAUAAUGGGAUAUUUAAAUAUGAUUUUGGCACCUUCUUUUGAAGAUUUACAGAAGUUUAGCGAAGCCGAACCUUCGCCGUCCGUUACCAACUCUUUAAUAACAAGACUGAAAUUGAUCGCAGCUUUGUUUAGUUCGCUGCAUAUAGAAGACGAGGAGAAAAAAGUGGAACAACCAAUAUUCGUAGUAAUGCAAAAAAUGAUGCCUCUGUUUAGGAGAAUUGGAGAAAAAUACUGUAGAAAUAUCGAAGUGAUGGAGGAUUUGAGUGUCGUUUUCAAAUAUGGCGUAACGACGCUUAAAGAUGACUGUAAACCUUUAAUAAACGAUAUGCUUCAACUGAUAGUAACGAUAUAUCGGGAAUGUCCGCAAUCCAAUAUUCUAAUAGUGGCGAAAACGGUGUUGAUAUUGUUCGGCAGAGAAGAGGAAUUUUGUACGUUAAAUCAACAACUCUUGCACGAGCUAACUAGUACGACAAUGCAAAUGUGCGCCCAAUAUAACACGAAUAAUCAACUGUCGGAAAAAGCUGAUGUGCUUGAAGGUUUCUUUUCCAUGUUGGCAGCGCUGGCCAAGAAAGUCCCUCAACUCAUUAUGACGUGUGGCAUCGAUAUUGCGGCUCUCUUCCAGUGUGCAAUUUUAUGUCUCGUAUUACCAGAAAUUCAAGCUUUAAAACAAGUUUCUAGCUUUUUAGUACAAUUCAUUUCUCAGAGUAGAGAAACUUCCUUAGCCCAAGUGAUACAAGCGUAUGGAGAAAGUUUAGUCUUAAGGAUACUUAUGAAUUUAGGAAGUACAGCUCCAAGAUCUUCUGUAGACAUUUUUAGUGAUAUUUUAUUAGCUUUGAAUAAAAAAUACUGUGAUAACCUUAGUAGGUGGUUAAAUUCUCUGUUGGCCCAGGAAGGCUUUCCCUCGCCUAGGAUUACUGCGCCGCAAAAAGAGGCAUUUAUCAAGUCAAUUUUAAGGGAAAAAACCAACAAAAGGAAAGUGUGUGAUACUGUUUUAGAAUUUACCUUAAUAUGUCGAGGGAUACUGAAACCAGAGUAA